AUGUUUUCCAGGCCUACCUUUCGCCUGGUCACUGCUUCUUCGUAUAAACCGUUGCUAUCAGCCUCCGUUGCAACUCCAAUUGUCCGCUCACCCCGCUUCCUGACCAGAUCGUUCUCUAUUCACAUUCGCAAGAUGGCCCAAGAAUUCAAGCUGAAGGGCUUGUCCAAGCUCGAGCUCAACGACUUGGACAAAGUCGAGGCUGAAGUUGAAGGCAUCGAAGGAGGAAAAGUGCUUCUAGUCAAAGUUGGUGGUCAAGUAUCUGCUCUUAAUGCCAAUUGUACACAUUAUGGUGCUCCAUUGAAGAACGGUGUUCUUACGCCUGAAGGACGCCUGACAUGUCCGUGGCACGGAGCAUGUUUCAACACCGCUACCGGCGACGUCGAAGACUCCCCAGCGCCCUUCGCACUAAACAAGUUCAAUGUAAUUGAGAAAGACGGUGGGGUAUACAUAACAGGAAAAGAGGCGGACAUCAAAGGCGGUAAGCGACAGGUCAACGUCAAGACGACGCCCUCGUCGUCGGAGAAGGUCGUUAUCGUUGGCGGUGGCUCAGGCACUUUCGGUGCCAUCUUGAAUCUGCGCAAACUCGGAUUCAAAGGACAGGUCACAGUCAUCACUGGCGAAGGCCUCCCGAUCGACCGAACGAAGUUGUCCAAAGCCCUCAUCACCGAUCCCUCCAAGAUCUACCUGCAACCAGAAGAGUUCUAUAAGGAUGGGUCAAUAGACUUCUACUCGGACACCGCCGCAAGCGUUGACUUCGAAGCAAAAGAGGUCAAGACCAAGACCGGCAAAGCGUUCCCGUACACGAAACUCAUCCUGGCCACGGGUGGAACGCCCAAGAUGUUGCCUUUACCUGGCUUCAAAGAACUCUCCAACAUCUUCCUUCUGCGGCAGAUCAGCGACACUCAAGCCAUCAUGAAUGCCGUGGGUGACGGAAAGAAGAAGAUCGUUAUCAUUGGGUCCAGCUUCAUUGGUAUGGAAGUUGCUAACGCUCUGGCCAAGGAAAAUUCCGUCAGCGUAGUCGGCAUGGAGUCCGCUCCCAUGGAGCGUGUCAUGGGCAAGGAGGUCGGCAAGAUCUUCCAGAAGGCGCUGGAGAAGAAUGGCGCCAAGUUCUACCUGGAGGCGGGUGUCGACUCAGCUGUGCCAGCCUCCAAAGUUGCCAGUGCCGUUGGUCUCAGCUCCGUAGGCGCUGUCAAGCUGAAGGACGGCACCGAGCUUGAGGCCGAUCUCGUCGUUCUCGGCAUUGGUGUGCGACCUGCCACAGAUUACCUGCAAGACAACCCCAAGAUCAAGUUGGAGGAAGACGGGAGUGUGUCAGUAGAUGAGAACUUUGCGGUCAAAGGGCUCACCGACGUCUAUGCGAUUGGAGACAUCGCGACAUACCCAUACCAUGGACCCGGAGGUGGCGGCAAGCCCACACGCAUUGAACAUUGGAACGUGGCGCAGAACAUGGGACGCUCUGUCGGUCAACUCAUUGCGAAGGCUGGCAAGCCUAAGCCAUUUAUCCCGAUCUUCUGGUCCGCGCUGGGCAGUCAGUUGAGGUACUGUGGUUCGACGACCAAUGGGUGGGACGAUCUUGUGCUCAAGGGCGAGCCAGAGAACUCCAAGUUUGCGGCGUACUAUUGCAAGGAUGACACGGUUGUGGCCGUAGCCAGUAUGCAGAUGGACCCUGUCAUGACCAAAGCCGCGGAAUUGAUGAGACAUAACAAGAUGCUUUCGAAGAAGGACAUCGAGGGUGGACAGGAUAUCCUGCAGGCUAAUCUGUACAGGUGUGUUGCAUGUAGUAGCAUAUGA